ACUUUUACCACUGUGCGCAGAAGUGGAGGCACGCUAUUGAUACCAUUAGUUAUGAUUUAUGCAGUUCUGAAGUAAUGAAUAUAUAUUAAUAUCAGUAUAACUUUGGGUAAUUUCAUCCUCAGUACGCUUAAACAUCUGGAAAGGAUGCACAAGCUAGAGAGUCCUGAGACCAUGAAGAUGAGAGGUGUUGUGUUGCUGGCUGUGAUCGCUGUGUUCUGUGCUGCCGACGCUCAGACAUGUGCUCUGGAUAAUCUGAUGAGCAGCCUGACCAAGUCCGUGGCCUCUGCAGUGCUGCAGAACGUGACUCUGUCCUGCACUGAUGUCCAAAGUAGAGGGUACCAGGUGGAAUGUCCUAAAGGUUACAAGCCGACAUGCUGCUCCUGCACUAAUGCCGGCUGCUACUGGGAUAUCAGCGAUGACCAGACCUGCCGCUGCCAGUGUGCAAAGCCGAUUACGACAACUGUAAACCGGAUCGGGGUCAUCGCACGCUGCUGCAAGAUUGCCAUGUAGAAGCCAGAAACGAUGGAAUUAGCGUCUGGAUCUUGAAGCUUAGUUUCAGAUCCUUCACUUUUUUGGAACUCACUUCCAGCUUUUAUCCAGAAUGCUGAGUAUUUAUAAAUCAUAGCUGAAAACAUAUCUCAUUGAUUUGGCCUUUUGCUAGUGAAUAGUUUGGCAUUCUUUUGGCUUGCUGUGUAUUUCUGUAAAACUCCCUGGGAUGCUUUCACAUAAAGGACGCUGCAUAAAUGAUACUGGUAUGGGCAUUGUUUUAGUACUGAAUAAAAAAAGUUCUAAAAAAUAAAUACUUUGCUUACUCA